CCUUAUCCCUCCAAAACCCCAAUUUUCCUCUGCACCAAGCAAUUAUCUUUCAUCUUCCAACUUCAAAUUCAGUCUCACCUUCUUCUUCUCUUCACUCUUCAUCCUCUCUCAGAGCAGCGACAUGUUCACUUCUUCAACCCCCACUUCCCUCCGCACUCCAAUCCUUCAUCACCCUCUUCCCUCCUCACUCUUCCGUACCAACUUCUCCCCUCUCACCCUCCCACCUUUCCACCGUACCCUCUCCUUCCUCCCCCCUCCGCCGCUCCUCCCGGCGCUUCCCGCCAUCUCGACCGCCGCGAAGGCGGACAAGUCCGGUGAGCAGAAGUGGGUCCACGAGGGCCUUAUCAUGGAGUCCCUCCCCAACGGCAUGUUCCGUGUUCGCCUCGACAACGAGGACCUCAUCCUUGGCUACAUCUCCGGCAAAAUCCGAAAAAAUUACGUUCGAAUCCUCCCCGGUGACAGGGUUAAGGUGGAGGUCAGCCGCUACGACUCCUCCAAAGGACGCAUCGUUUAUAGGCUUCGCUCCAGCACCCCCUCCUAAUACACCCACAACCUGUUUGAAAAAUUCACCAACACAACGAAGUGGGCAGUAUUUUCGAUUCCCAAUCAUUGAUGCUGCGGGAAAUUACAGAAAAUUACAGACCAAUGAGAUACCAUUGUGGAGGCCCGGAAAACACUUUCAGUGCCAUAAGAUAUUGCGGUUCCAGACCUUUUUUUAACCUCCAGUGACGUGUUUGUGGUGAAAUUGGGUUUCUUUGCAUUAACUGAAGCUUCUGUUUUAGUGUUUAAGACUGUGAAGGUUUAAUCAUUUUAGUCUAUGUCAUCGUUUUAGUUUCCGACUUGGAAAAGGUUCAUUCUUGUUACAAGAUUUUCUGAUAGGUGGCAAGAUGUAAAACUUUUAAGUUAGUUUGUUAGCUACCAUUAGCUGUGUUUUCUGAUUAUGCUACACUUCAAUUCAAAUCCUUAUUAGGUGAAUUAGUGAGAGGAGAUUUCAGUAAUGUGUCGUGAUUGAUUGAAAAAGAAAAGGAAAAGGGAUCUUUUGAUGCAGAAUUGCCUUGCUGAAUGUUUAGCAGUAAGGUGUACCGUUAUGAUAAACUUGGAAGGAUCAGUUUUUCUUUUACUGCUA